CCCGCGCCCUCGCCCGCGCACCGGAGCGGAUCCGCUUCUGUGCGAACAGAAGGCGAGACUCUGCCCACUGUGGGGAGAGUGGGGCGGCUGAGAGACCGGGGCCAUGCUGACGGACGGUCGAAGUGGAGCGCGGUGACGCAGGGCUCGCAGAAAACCAAUGCCGUCAUGUGACAAAGGCGACUGGCGAGGGAGUACAGGAAGCAGCCUCCUCGGCCUCCGGCCGUCAUCUGCCUCGUCGUCGGCCUCCGGCAGACGGGGGGAGGCCCGGGAGUGUGGAAAUCUUUCCGGCACAGCCUGAGGGGAGACCUCGGACUGUUGCAGCCUUCUCGGCACAGCCUGAGGGAGACUUCGCAGUGUGGAAACCUUCCCGACACAGCCUGGGGGAAACCCUCCUCCUGGAGGGAUUUCGCAGAAUGAUUUCAUUGGACAGCGGCCGGCUGACCAUCGUCCACUUCAACGAUGUCUACAACAUCGAGGCAGGAAUGCAGGAACCGGUGGGAGGGGCGGCACGCUUUGUCACGGCAGUGGAGCAGUACAAGCACCUGAACCCCAUGGUCAUCUUUAGUGGCGACAUCUUCAGCCCCAGUCUAUUAAGCACCUUUGCCCGAGGAGAGCACAUGAUACCCGUGCUGAACCGGCUAGAAGUGCACGUUGCUGUGUAUGGAAAUCACGACUUCGACUUCGGCCUGGACUCCUGCAUGUCUCUGACCGCCGAGACGUCGUUCCCCUGGCUGCUGUCCAACGUGCGGAACAAGGAGACGCAGCGGCCGCUGGCCGAGGGCCGCAUCACCUACAUCACCCGCUGGAACGGGCUCAAGCUCGGUUUCAUGGGGCUGGUGGAGUACGAGUGGCUCGAGACGCUGUCGACGGUCAACCCAGAUGAAGUGCACUACAUCGACUAUGUGGACAUGGGCAACAGGCUAGCGGCCAAGCUUCGAAGUGAGGGCUGCGAUCUGGUCAUUGCCCUGACCCAUAUGCGAACAGCCAAUGACAUGCGACUUCUGGAGAAGGGUGAUGGCAUUGACCUGAUCCUUGGCGGACACGACCACGAGUACGAGAUCCACCGGACGGUGAACCGCCUGCUGGUGAAGUCUGGCACAGACUUCCGUGAGUUCUCCGUGCUGGGGCUGUCGCGCCAGACGGGCGGCACCUGGACGAUCGACGUCGAUAGAAUCGAGGUCACUUCUAAGUAUGACGAGGACCCGCUGCUCAAGCAGCAACUGCAGCACUACAUAGACAUGUCAGAAACCCGUCUGGAUGACGUCAUUGGUCACUUCGAGGUGGCACUGGAGGGGCGCUCCUGCAAAGUACGAACGGAGGAAACAAACUUAGGCAACUUCUGCUCCGAUGUAAUUUUGGCCGCCAUGAACGCCGACUGCGUGAUCCUCAACUCGGGCACCCUGCGCAGCGACCGCGUCCAUCCGGCCGGCGACUUCACCAUGCGUGACCUGGUGACCAUCGCGCCCUUCAUGGACGGGCUGGUGCUGCUUCAGGUCAAUGGCGCCACUCUGCAUCAGGCGCUGGAGAACGCCGUCUCGAUGUACCCGCGCCUGGUCGGCCGGUUCCCGCAGGUGGCCGGCCUGUCGUUCGUCUUUGACCCGGACAAGGAGCCCGGUCAGAGGGUCGACGCCAGGUACGUCAAGGUCGGGGACGUGUUCGUCCAGCCCGGCCACCUGUACAAAUUGGCCACGAAGGAAUACAUGCACCACGGCAAGGAUGGAUUCACCUGUCUGGCCGAGGCCGUGGUGUUGCAAGACGCUGAGAACAGCCCUGUUCUGAGAACGGCCAUCUUGAAUCACUUCGACGCCAUCAACCGGCUGCGUGGCUACUGCGGCGCGCAGGCCGCCUUCAGCGCCCACCGGCAGUCCAUUGUGCCCACGUCUCGCAGAAACAGCCGACUGAAGAGUACCAUGGAGCUCAGUGGCUUCAAGAGGCCAGAGUCCACCCUCCUCAGGCGAAGCAGCACCAGCGUCAUCAACCUGCCGCCAGAGUCUUCGGUGCGGAGGAGGAACUCGGUGCAGGCGGCCACCGCGCUCACCCCGCACACCAUCAUGGACGCGCUGUACAACAUCGCGGACGACGCGGAGGCGCCGACUGCGCUCCAGCGGGGGCUCGGCGUGCUCAGCCAGCCGGCUGUGGCGGGCUCGCUGAAGGCUCGCCGCCUGGAGCACGACGUGGAGGAGUUGGAGAGCCGGGCGGCGCGGCUGGCUCCUGCGGUGGAGAACAGGAUCUGCAUCGCCACGCCCCAGGUGCUGGAGAGGGUCCAGGCUGAGCGAAACCUGGUGGACCUGGUGAACCGCGAUGACAGUGACAGCGACCAAUGAUCUGUCAGGCGCGUGACCUCGGCGACCGUCACAGGCACGUCUCGCCGGCCGCAGACCCCGACCUGACCUGUCCUCUCUUGUCCGUGCACGCCACGCAGAGGCGGCAGCCGUCCAGUCCUCGGAAGGAUCGACACGAACUGGAUACGACGGGGAGCAGUGGCUCCAUGGGCUUCAGGAUGCAUUGCUGUCGAGUGCGAUAGCCAAUCGCUAUGCCGUUUUUGGAUAUGCUGUUUAUCUGGGAGUUUGGGAAGCGGUGUCAAGAGCGCUCAAUAUGCAUAUAUCCAUUCGGACAUCACAGCAUAAUGGUGUUUUGCCGCUGUCGGCAUGAGAGCCUGCACCACACAUCCAGACGUGCCUUAAAUGUAUACCGCUUUGGGUUCGUGCAUGUCCCCGGUGUAUACCGUUAUUGCUCAACCAAAUAUUUGGUCAUAGACUAAGCCGUGCUUCCUCAUGAUAUAUUGUUUUAUUAUCGCCCAGGUGACGGCUCCAUCUUGUUAGUUAUGUCUCCGUUCAGUCUAAUAUCGUGAGUGUUGUUGCGAAAUAUAGCGCGUCACUAGAA